UGGCCAAAGUUAUGGCUAAGAUGGGUAUUAGUAUGCUACAGUCAUACAAGGGUGCCCAGAUCUUUGAAGCUGUUGGUCUAAGUGAGGAGGUCAUCGAUAAGUGUUUUAGGGGAACACAAUCAAGAAUUGGUGGCGUUACUUUCGAGAUUUUAUCUCAAGAAACCUUUGAUAGACACGCCUUGACUUAUGGCGAUUGUAAAGACAUGCUUGUCUUAAGGAACCCGGGUACUUACCACUGGCGUGCGGGCGGUGAAAAACACAUUAACGAUCCAUUAUCCAUCGCCAAUCUGCAGGAGGCUGCUGUGGGAAAUAGCAACUCCGCUUACGAUCGUUACCGAGAGAGCGCGUUGGAGUCAAUACGUGCUUGUACAUUACGUGGUCAGCUAGAACUUGUGAAAUUAGAUGAGCCCUUACCGUUAUCGGAAAUAGAACCCGCUUCUGAAAUCGUCAAACGCUUUGCUACAGGUGCUAUGUCGUUCGGUUCAAUUUCCUUGGAAGCGCACACGACAUUAGCUGUCGCUAUGAACCGUGUAGGGGGCAAGUCUAACACUGGAGAGGGGGGAGAGAACGCUGACAGAUAUCUUAAUCAGGAUCCUGAGUUCAACAAACGUUCUGCGAUAAAGCAAGUCGCGUCGGGUCGGUUCGGAGUGACCGCCUCAUAUUUGGCGCACGCUGAUGACUUACAGAUCAAAAUGGCUCAAGGAGCCAAGCCGGGCGAGGGCGGGGAGUUGCCUGGUUACAAGGUGACAGAGGAAAUAGCUAAGACACGGUGCUCAGUACCGGGCGUAGGGCUGAUCUCGCCUCCACCACAUCACGACAUCUACUCCAUUGAGGACUUAGCUGAGCUGAUCUACGAUUUGAAAUGCGCCAACCCUAAAGCCAGGAUCUCUGUGAAACUUGUCUCGGAAGUCGGAGUAGGAGUUGUAGCGUCUGGUGUUGCCAAGGGCAAAGCGGAGCACAUAGUGAUCUCGGGGCACGACGGGGGCACCGGGGCGAGCUCGUGGACCGGCAUCAAGAGCGCCGGCCUGCCGUGGGAGCUGGGCGUGGCCGAGACGCACCAGGUGCUCGUGCUCAACGACCUGCGCUCCCGAGUUGUGGUACAAGCAGACGGUCAGAUCCGAACCGGUUUCGACGUGAUGGUCGCUGCGCUGCUGGGUGCUGACGAAUUCGGCUUCAGUACUGCGCCACUUAUUGCAUUGGGUUGUACAAUGAUGAGGAAGUGUCACUUGAACACGUGUCCCGUUGGUAUCGCCACGCAGGACCCCGUUCUACGCAAGAAGUUCGCGGGCAAGCCCGAACAUGUCAUUAAUUAUCUGUUCAUGUUAGCUGAAGAGGUGCGCGCGCACAUGUCGUCGGUGGGCGUGCGCCGGUUCGGCGAGCUGGUGGGCCGCACGGACCUGUUGAAGGUCCGCGAACGCAACGACAACCCCAAGGCGCGCCUGCUCAACCUCGGCCUCAUCCUCAAGAACGCGCUGCACAUGCGCCCCGGGGUCAACAUCGUGGGGGGCUCCAAGCCGCAGGACUUCCAACUGGAAAAACGUCUCGACAAUCAAGUGAUACAACAAUGCAGCAGUAUCCUGGACGGUACUCAGAAGCAUAUAGAUAUUAACAUGAAGAUUACAAAUGAAGAUCGCGCCUUCGCUUCCACACUUUCGUACCAUAUUGCCACGACAUUCGGCGAGGACGGUUUGCCAGAGGGUACAUCGAUAAAUAUUUCGUUGACUGGCUCUGCGGGACAGAGCUUCUGCGCUUUCCUGUCCAAAGGUGUUACGGUUACUUUGGAAGGAGACGCUAAUGAUUAUGUCGGAAAGGGUCUGUCAGGUGGUAAAGUUAUCAUAUAUCCACCUAAGAAUUCACCGUUUGAAUCGCAUCUAAAUGUCAUUGUGGGCAAUGUGUGUCUAUACGGAGCUACUUCUGGAAGAGCUUACUUCAGGGGUAUAGCGUCGGAGCGGUUCUGCGUGCGCAACUCGGGCUGCGUGGCGGUGGCGGAGGGCGCGGGCGACCACGCCUGCGAGUACAUGACCGGCGGCACCGUGCUCGUGCUCGGCCUCGUGGGCAGGAACUUCGCGGCCGGCAUGAGCGGUGGUAUCGCAUACGUGUACGACAUCGACGGUUCAUUUAAGAGUAAAUGUAACCAUGAGAUGGUGGAGUUGCUUCCACUGGACAGACAAGAUGACUUAAACGAAGUACAGAAACUUCUGGAAGAAUUUGUGGAAUAUACUGGUUCAAUAAUCGCGAAGAAUCUUCUCGAAACUUGGCCGGAACCAGCCAAGAUGUUCAUCAAAGUGUUCCCUUACGAGUACCAGCGAGCUCUGAAACAAAUGGCUCUUAAGAACGCUUCGCCGAAGUUAGAAAGCAACGGAAAAGUUGACGAAAACGGUAUUGUGGACAUUGAAGAAGCUGUCCGCAAUGUUGAAUUGGAUAAAAAAAAUCUAGAAAAAGUUUUGGACAAGACAAGGGGCUUCAUGAAGUACCCGCGCGAGACGGCGCAGUACCGCGCGGCCGAGACGCGGCUGCGCGACUGGGACGAGAUCUACAGCCGCGGCGUGCGGCGCGGGCUGCGCGUGCAGGCGGCGCGCUGCAUGGAGUGCGGCGUGCCCUUCUGCCAGGGCGCGCACGGCUGCCCGCUCGGCAACAUCGUGCCCAAGUGGAACGACCUCGUGUACCGCGCCGACUGGCGCCAGGCGCUCGCCAUGCUGCUGCAGACCAACAACUUCCCCGAGUUCACGGGGCGCGUGUGCCCGGCGCCGUGCGAGGGCGCGUGCGUGCUCGGCAUCUCGGAGCCGCCCGUCACCAUCAAGAACAUCGAGUGCGCCAUCAUCGACCACGCCUUCGAGAGCGGCUGGAUCGCGCCCGAGAUUCCGGAAAAUCGUAACGGAAAAACUGUUGCCAUAGUCGGUUCGGGACCGUCUGGGUUGGCUUGCGCUCAUCAACUGAACAAGGCUGGAUAUACAGUAACAGUGUUCGAACGUAACGAUCGCCCCGGCGGUUUGCUGCAGUACGGUAUUCCAAGUAUGAAGCUAAGUAAGGAAGUCGUUGCUCGCAGGAUCAAGUUGAUGACCGCUGAGGGCAUUUCCUUCAAGUGUAAUGUUGACGUCGGCAAGGAUAUAUCUGCUGCCGAUUUGUCUAAUGAAUACGACGCGCUGGUGCUGUGUAUGGGUGCGACGUGGCCUCGCGACCUUCCGCUGAAGGGCCGGCAGCUGGGCGGCAUCCACUUCGCCAUGGAGUUCCUCGAGGGCUGGCAGAAGCGACAGGUCAACGCCGCACCCUCCAAGGCGCCGCUGCUGUCCGCCAAGGACAAAGACGUGCUCAUAAUCGGCGGUGGGGACACCGGGUGUGACUGCAUAGCUACAGCGCUUCGCCAAGGCGCAAAGUCGAUCACAACGUUCGAAAUUCUUCCCGAGCCGAAGAAGACCAGAGGACAAGACAAUCCGUGGCCGCAAUGGCCCAGAGUAUUCAGGGUUGACUAUGGUCACGAGGAGGUGAAAGUCAAGUUUGGCAAGGAUCCUAGAAAAUUCUCCACGCUCACCAAGGAAUUCAUUGAUGAUGGUUCAGGCAACGUGUGCGGCGUGUCUGCCGUGGAGGUGGAGUGGACGCGCGGCGCGGGCGGGCGCUGGGACAUGCGCGAGCUGGACCAGCGGCGCGUGUACCCCGCCGACCUCGUGCUGCUGGCCAUGGGCUUCCUGGGCCCCGAGCGCUACGUCGCCUCGCAGCUCGGACUGCCGCACACACGUACACACACACGCACACACACCCCAGCGGCGCGUGUACCCCGCCGACCUCGUGCUGCUGGCCAUGGGCUUCCUGGGCCCCGAGCGCUACGUCGCCUCGCAGCUCGGUACUGCCGCACACACGUACACACACACGCACACACACACACACACGCACACACACACACACACACACACCCCAGCGGCGCGUGUACCCCGCCGACCUCGUGCUGCUGGCCAUGGGCUUCCUGGGCCCCGAGCGCUACGUCGCCUCGCAGCUCGGUACUGCCGCACACACGUACACACACACGCACACACACACACACACACACCCCAGCGGCGCGUGUACCCCGCCGACCUCGUGCUGCUGGCCAUGGGCUUCCUGGGCCCCGAGCGCUACGUCGCCUCGCAGCUCGGUACUGCCGCACACACGUACACACACACGCACACACACCCCAGCGGCGCGUGUACCCCGCCGACCUCGUGCUGCUGGCCAUGGGCUUCCUGGGCCCCGAGCGCUACGUCGCCUCGCAGCUCGGUACUGCCGCACACACGUACACACACACGCACACACACCCCAGCGGCGCGUGUACCCCGCCGACCUCGUGCUGCUGGCCAUGGGCUUCCUGGGCCCCGAGCGCUACGUCGCCUCGCAGCUCGGUACUGCCGCACACACGUACACACACACGCACACACACACACACACACACCCCAGCGGCGCGUGUACCCCGCCGACCUCGUGCUGCUGGCCAUGGGCUUCCUGGGCCCCGAGCGCUACGUCGCCUCGCAGCUCGGUACUGCCGCACACACGUACACACACACGCACACACACCCCAGCGGCGCGUGUACCCCGCCGACCUCGUGCUGCUGGCCAUGGGCUUCCUGGGCCCCGAGCGCUACGUCGCCUCGCAGCUCGGUACUGCCGCACACACGUACACACACACGCACACACACCCCAGCGGCGCGUGUACCCCGCCGACCUCGUGCUGCUGGCCAUGGGCUUCCUGGGCCCCGAGCGCUACGUCGCCUCGCAGCUCGGUACUGCCGCACACACGUACACACACACGCACACACACACACACACACACCCCAGCGGCGCGUGUACCCCGCCGACCUCGUGCUGCUGGCCAUGGGCUUCCUGGGCCCCGAGCGCUACGUCGCCUCGCAGCUCGGUACUGCCGCACACACGUACACACACACGCACACACACCCCAGCGGCGCGUGUACCCCGCCGACCUCGUGCUGCUGGCCAUGGGCUUCCUGGGCCCCGAGCGCUACGUCGCCUCGCAGCUCGGUACUGCCGCACACACGUACACACACACGCACACACACCCCAGCGGCGCGUGUACCCCGCCGACCUCGUGCUGCUGGCCAUGGGCUUCCUGGGCCCCGAGCGCUACGUCGCCUCGCAGCUCGGUACUGCCGCACACACGUACACACACACGCACACACACCCCAGCGGCGCGUGUACCCCGCCGACCUCGUGCUGCUGGCCAUGGGCUUCCUGGGCCCCGAGCGCUACGUCGCCUCGCAGCUCGGUACUGCCGCACACACGUACACACACACGCACACACACACACACACACACCCCAGCGGCGCGUGUACCCCGCCGACCUCGUGCUGCUGGCCAUGGGCUUCCUGGGCCCCGAGCGCUACGUCGCCUCGCAGCUCGAUCUGCCACUUGAUGCGCGAAGCAAUAUCGAGACAUCAAAGGACAACAUCUACAAAGUACCUAAGAGCAAUGUGUUUGCUGCGGGAGAUUGUCGCCGAGGCCAGUCUUUAGUAGUGUGGGCCAUAUCAGAAGGCAGACAGGCCGCCCGAGCUGUGGACAAGUAUCUCUCAGGAAAGUCUUACCUUCCGGGCCCUGGUGGAGUCAUCUAUAGCGACUAAAUUAUAUUAUUAGCUUAAUCGUGUCAAUUCUGAUGUGCCACUGUCAAAAUUAAACUGAAAUUUCCUACUUUUGUUCAAUAAUUUAAAGAUUUUAUUUACAGAGUACAUACAACAAAUGUGUUAGAUUAGAUUUUAUUUGAAAUAUGUGAAUUUUCUUAUUAUCAAUACACAAAAUUUUAAAUUAGUAUGAUCUGUGACAUCAGAAUUAGCACCGUUUUCUAGAAAUUGUAUUUUCUAAAAAUAUAUUAUUCGGCUUUAUUCUCGGGCUUAUGUAUAAAUACUAGAUUUUGCUCGAUUCCUAUGAAACGUUGCAGUCGUGUAAUUUAAUCUCUGAACUUAUCAAAAAAAUUAAAAAUAUAAAUUUGCUUUAUAAUUAUGAACAUAUUAAAUAUUUAAAAGAUAUAAUUAUAACUGUAGUACGGCUUUAGUUCCAAAGUCUGGAAUUCUCCAGUGCGAGGAUUUUUAAUUAAUUAUUAAAUAGAGCAUAGCGUAAGUUUUGAUUAUUUAUUAUUUUAAGAUAUGUAAUUAGUGUGAAUGGUCUGACAAUUGUGUAAUUUAUUCAACUAUGAGAUUUUUAGAUUGUCACCUUUAUAAAGUUUUUAGCUCCAUUCUGAUGAGUACAACGACCACUCUGGUGUAGUGCUGCGAUUAGUCGCCGAAAACACCGACGGUUAACGGGUUUGAUUCUCGCUCGGGACGCCGUGGAUUAGCGUGGUGGAUGAAAAUCAAUUAGUUAAUGAGUAAUAAUUACACAUUGAAAAUUUAUACAUUUUAUUUGUAAUUAUUUUACUUGAAAUUAAGUGAAACAUGCUACAAAUACCAAACCUCAUAGUAAAUAUAUUAAAACAAACGUUUAUCGAAUUUUCUCGAAAUAUGUUCGAUUAUAAAAACAACAUAAUCCUAUUGAUGUUAUGUUACAAAUGUCAUUUAAUAAUAAAAUACAUAAUUUAUGAACACAUAACGACAUAAUCGUUAUUUAUAAAUAUUCUGUUACGACGAAUUGUUGAUAAUAUCUUAUAGAAUUACAGUAAUUUUAUAUAUUAUUGUACACUGUUGAGAAUUUUCCCUUGUUAUAAAUAGUGAACGUUAUUAUUAAACAUUCCGUUUUAGGACAUUUCGAUUUUAGGUAAACAUUGUUCAUCACUAAAUCAGUAAUAUCUUCAAGUAAUGAUCUCCAUACAUUGUUAUUCAUUGGAAAAUUUUAUUAUUGGAGAAAAAGAAUACUUUGUUUUGUACAUUUUAAUAGUUAAAUAAAUCUUAUAAAGACUAUAAUUCAUUGCAUAUAUGUAUAUCAUAAGUUUGAUAACGAUAUGUGCCAUGGUAUAACAUAAUGGCUUAUUUAAUUGCCAAACACAUUAUUCUUAUUUAUUUGUAUACCUUUUUUUGCUCUACGUCAUUUACAAAUAUUAAUUACGUUACAGAAAAAAAUCUAAUUUUCUUCCUUUAUUUUAAUCUUAAAUCUGAAAUGUCUUAUUAUUAUUUUUUUGCACAAAAAAAUUUUCUUACUGAAAUACGUCGAAAAACGUUGUUUUAGAUUUAAUUGUGUAGCUGUGAUUAUAUUUUGUUUUUAAAUUAUAGUUCAUGAUUUGUAAUGUGUAUCGUUGCGUUUGAAAGUUCCUAAGUGAUUUUGUCGUUAAUAAUAUCGAUUAUUAGUUAGAAUUAUACUAUUUACCUUUUGUUUCCAGACAAUUAAUAUUCAAAUUUUAAAAAGCACUUGAUAGAAUACGAUUUUUGGUAGACGUGAAUUAAUUUGUCAUUAACAUAAUGUACGUACAGUGGUAUUUGUUAACAGUUUAACGAGUUAAUCAUAAUUAAUGUUUUAUUCAGCUUAUUCGUAAUGCUAACAAUAUAUUGUAACGUAUAAAUAUCUAUAUUAUUUAAAAUCUAUAAUACAAAUAAAAAAUGUUAACAUUAAAUUAUAUUGAAGUAAUAAUUAUGUACGUCUGUUUGAGAUUAUUUAUAUAAUAUGUAAUGUCAUUACAUACAGCUAUAAAAAGUAAUAAAAAUAUAAUUUUUAUGCCUCAUCAGUAUUUAGUAAUUCAUUUUUUCAAAAUAUUUAUUUUUAAUUACUGUAUAUUAAUUACAUUUGGUUCUCUUUA